AUGAUCGACCUCUUGACUGCGUCACCAGCCUUCUCAACCAGUCCCGGGGUUACCCUUCAGCCACUGGCAGCCGCACAAAUUACCUGCACCACUUCGACCGCGUCUUGCUCAUCUUCCACUAUGGGCACUGCCUCGUUUAAUCCUGCUUUCAUGAGUAAUCCAUCCCUCCGUGUGUCUCGCCCAAUUCAAGGUGCUUCCCCUUCUGGUAUUGGACAUUGUGCUGGCUCUGCUAAUGUUAUGGUACCUUGCAGCAAUGCUGGUCCGGGUCCCUUGUGCUCGAAUUCGGUCUCAGCCGGCGGCCCUUUAUUCGUUUCCUCGGCCCCGGGCUGUCAUCAGCUGUCCUGUGUCACCACAGGCCCGACAACCCUGCUACAGCCUGCCACUCUUUUGCCGCUACAUGCUGCAACUGGACCUCAACUCACUCAAUCUCAGCCUGGUGGUCAGAUAGGUACGGGACCCCACGGGGGAGCACUUCUAGCCACAGGACCUUCUGGCUCAACUCACUUCAGACUUUCUACUCCACAAGGGGUCCCUAUAUCUUCUCAGCUAGGCCUUAAUAGUCAUCUUCAAAUGACUUCCACCGGCAGUCUGCUUUCGGCACCACAAGGAGCUGUCAGAGCCACUCAAAGCGUUGGCGGAGGCCAUACUAUGCCACUAGUUGCUGCCACCUUUCCUACUGCUGGCCAUAAGUUGCUACCAGCGAGUCCGGUCGGACAAGCUGCUGGGCUGGCUGUUGCUGGACCAGCAACUCACACUAUGAUAGUUGCUCAGUCGGGAACAACGGGCUGUGCAGCUGGUGCUUUUCUGCAUCCAACAGUGCAGACGGUAUCUCCCGGAUCCACAGCUGUUGUGGUCUCUUCUGCUGGUCUUUCAUCUCAGGUGUCCCCUACUACAUCGACUCUUCUGGUGUCCUCUGGUCAUGUCGCCACAAUAGCUACACACCAUCCUCAUUCGUAUCAGGGCCAC